UCAAUCCCCUCCUCCCCACGCCGACAUUGUUGUCUCCGCCUCUCUGUCUCUCUAUUUUUCUCGAUGGCGACAAAGAGUGAAGCUCUUCCCUGGCGACUGCCCUUCUUCUCUGGCGUAACUAGUGCUCUUCUUCUUCGGCGUAAGCUCUCCCUCUCACGGUGUGUGCUCCGGCGUAAGCUCUCCCUCUCACGACGGCGUAAAGCGGUAAAGAUGGUAGUUCUGUCUUUGAUGCAUCACAUUUGUAUGGCCAGCAAAUACUGGAUUCCAAUGACACAAGGUGGAUAUCUCAGCCUUUUUCUACUCCAGAUCUUAUUGAGCAAAGAAACCUGCACAGAGCAAUUUCAUAUCCUGAACCACAGCAUCACCAGCGGCCACACCAGCAUCAGCAACAAUUUUCCAGCGAACCAAUUAUUCUACCAAAGUCAUCUGGUGGAGACCGCAAGAUCAGCAUGUAGGACAACCAAAUACGCAAUAUCAUUCUGGUGGGCUUCAUAUGGGAUCCCCAAAUCUCUCCCCUUUGCGUUGUUGUCUUUAUCUUUCAAUGUUUAGUGGUUUGUAUAAGCACUCUUUGUAUAAACAUUGUUUUGAAUCCAAGUUUAAAAGAACAACUUGUUGGAGAAUUUUAUUCUCUUGUCCAUUUCCUUGUAAACAAAGUCAAGGUUGUAAUCUUAAACCUCAGAAGCAAAGAAAUCUUAUGUAGAAUAU